AUGAGAGCAGAAGGAGAGACAAGCAGUUCCAAUGGCACAUCGAGGCCAUUCUCAAAUGGCUCUUCCGCAUCUCCUUUGCACAAGGCUGCAAUUUCGAACUCAACUAACGGUACUCGAAAGUCUCCUGUAGCCACAAACGGAGCGUCCGGCACAAAUGGCCAUGGGAGUAAGAAUCGCCAAUCCUAUUUUGGGCACGAUCGUGGGGAGGUGACGAGGAUCCUCAUACAGGCUUUGACGGAUCUGGGAUACAAUGGAGCUGCAGCAGGGCUCAGUCAGGAAAGCGGCUAUGAGCUAGAAAGUCCUGUUGUUGCAGCAUUUCGAAAUGCUGUGUUACAAGGCGAAUGGGCCGAGGCUGAGGAAUUGCUGUUCGACACGCUUACUGGCGAAGGGGGAGUGAGCAUCAGUGAACAUCCUACUGGACUUGUUCUACAAGAUGGGGUGGACAAGGAUGUCAUGCGCUUCUGGCUACGACAACAGAAAUUCCUAGAGUUAUUGGAGCAGAGAGAUACUGGUCGGGCUUUAAUGGUACUCCGUCUCGAAUUGACGCCUUUAUAUCAAGACACAGCUAAGCUACACUUUUUAUCAAGUUUAUUGAUGUGCCAGUCCGCGGAUGACUUGAAGGCCAAAGCCGACUGGGAUGGAGCUGAUGAAUGUAUAUCUCCGUCAGUUAUGUUGCCAGAACAUCGUCUAGCUAUACUUUUACAACAAGUCAAGCAUAACCAGAUAGCAAACUGCCUGUACCACAACACCGCCACAUCGCCAUCGCUCUAUCAGGACCAUUCAUGCGACCGAAACAAUUUUCCUGUGAGAACGAUCUUGGAACUUGAAGACCAUUCUGGCGAGGUUUGGUAUGUUCAAUUUUCUCAUGACGGAACACGUCUUGCAAGCUGUGGAGGAGACGGUACCGUUAUCAUAUACGAAGUUCCGUCGUUCAAGAUUCUACACACUCUCGCGGAUCACGAAGACGGCGUAGGGUCAGUCGCAUGGAGUCCAGAUGACUCCAUGAUUGUCACGUGUUCGCAAGACAAGCGUGCUCGACUCUGGAAUGCCCAUACCGGUGAGAUCAAACGUGUGCUCAAUCGAUUUGGCGAACCGGUCAGCAGCUGUGUCUGGGCGCCUGAUGGCCAUUCUUUUGUGACUGGAUGUUUGGACAAAACUCGAAACUUGUGCCAAUAUAACAUUAGCGGCGACUUAAUCUAUGACUGGCACCAAUCACAUCGAAUACAAGAUCUCGCGGUGUCACCGAAUGGCCAUCGUUUAGUUGCAAUGGAUAAUGAAAAGCACAUUCAUGUGUACAACUUCAUUACCCGCGAAUUGGAGUAUGAAAUGGACCUGAAGGUCCAUCUGAGCUCCAUCAGUAUAAGUCAAAACAAUCGAUACCUUUUGAUCAACAAAAAGGACGGCCAAGCUCGGUUAUUUGAUCUGGAGACUCGGGAAUCUCCAAAGUUCUUCCAAUCUGCAGACCGAGGAGGUCAGUUCGUGAUCCGUGCGGGCUUUGGUGGUGCCAACGAGAGCUUCGUGGUUACUGGGAGUGAAGAGGGCUACGUUUACAUUUGGCAUAAGGAGAAUGGCCAACUGAUCGAAAAGCUCGAGGGCCAUGAAAAGGGAUGCUGCAGCGCAGUCUCUUGGAAUCCAACAAAUCCAUGCAUGUUUGCCUCGGCGGGUGAUGACUAUGGUCAAACGAGGAACCAAGGUCUAGGUCACCCAAAGAGCCGCGGCAACUAA